AUGCAUUAUCCAGGGACGCCCUAAAAUCAUCUUGCAAGAUUACUACUAAUGUUCACAGCUAUAGAAUUAGUGGUUGCAGGGAUCUUUUAUUCUUAUUAUGGAUACUUCGUGGUAGGAUAAAGCAAAUCAAUUGCAGCUGCCGAAGGGAAAAGUGGUGUCAUGUGGGCUACCUUCUUUUUAUCUUUAUUCUUAUUUGGAGUAGCAGCAUUCACAUCUUUGGUAAUCAAAAAGAUGAGCAACAGAUGCAUUACUAUAAUUUAUACAUUCUUACUAAUGUGUUGCUUGUUGAUAUUCGGAGCAUUCUCAGUAGGAGGACCAAUGGCAAGAGAUGCAGUAGCACAAGAGUUUGAUUCUUAAUGCAAAAAUGUUUCAAGCGACAUCUUUAAAGUAGAUGCUUUGUACGGAAUAGGAAAUGCUUAACUUUGUGGUCCAUCAUGUGCAUGUGCCGCAGAUCCAAAGCUUUGGAAUGAAUACUCAGCACCUAAAAAUGAUUAAAAAGCAUCAACAACCCAAAAUGUACUUAAUGCAGGAACUUCCACUGCUACUUCUGCAACCAGCUAAGUUAAUAAUGGUAUUGUAUAUUCAGCUACAGGUGCACACAACUUUCCUGAAUGCAAAGGAAUAUCAACAACGCUUUAAUUAUUUAUUACAGCAAAUAUUAGUAAUUCUGGUGAUGAACUUAAACUAGGAAUAUCUGUGCUAGAUGGGGUAGAGAGAGAUUUUAACUGUGCAGGAUUCUGUAUAAAUUCUAAAUUCUUCACAUUUUCCGAGGUUAGCUAAGGUCCUCCUCCCUAAACAUGUGUUAAAGCAAUAAACUAAGCGAUGGAUGGUUUGGCAAGAGUUACAAUGUUUUCAGGUUUAGUUUACUUUGUCUCAACAUUAAUUGGAGUUGUGAUAGCUUUCAUGUUGAUAUGCUCUAGAUUUGAUCCAAAAGGUCAUCAUUUUAAUGAGCUAAAUGAAUCCUGA